AUGACCCGAAAGAAGGGAAAAAAGAGAGACUCACCUGCCACGUAUGAUGCCGCCACUUUAGCCGAAGCACGCGAUCUUCAGGCCCAAGAGCUGGAAGUACUGCAGGCUAUAUACGACUGUGACUUAGUAGCGCAGAGCUCGACGCCGCUGUACUCGUAUAUCUUCGCUAUCCGGUUGCUGUGUGAGGCAGCUCCAGGCUCCGCCACUACAGCCGAGGUGUUGCUGCACUUCGACUUCACAAGGGCCUACCCGCUCAAACAGCCGCCUAAUAUAACUGUGGAAGCUAAGCACGGACUGUCGGAUACUGAGACGCAGAAAUUACAGCGUGGAAUGGAGACACUUGCGCUUGAAAAGGUCGGAGAUGCCGCGGUUUACGACCUCGUGGUGUUCGCCACAGACUUCAUCCAGGACCACCUCAAGGACCAGUCGUCGUUCUUUGAUCAAAUGAUGACGCGUCAACAAGACAAAGAAACUAAGGAGAAGAUGGCCGAGGACGCUCUGAUACAGCAGCAGGAGGAGCACGCCAGAGCCAAAAGCGAGGAAAUUCUGGCUCUGAUCGACGCCGAGAGGAAGAAGAGAGAGACCAUUAAGAAGACAAGACGGAGGAGGAGACGACACCGAUCUAGCAUUGAUGGAGAGUACGACGGAAGCGACGGAGAGAGUCGAGACGACCUGGAGAGCAUGUCGAGUAUCUACGAACAGCAAACGGAAGCGAGCUCGAAGAAGGAUGACGCCAGUUCGUCAAGUCCAUCGGAUUCAGACUCGGAUACGUCCGAUUUGGAUGCUGCAGCAGCUGCGGAACGAUACCAUUCGAGGUAUCAUGGAGACUUCAAGGAGCUUGGACUGCUGGGACGCGGAGGGGGAGGCGAAGUGGUCAAAACGAUGAAGAAGAAGAUCUUGCGUGAGGUGAAGACUAUCUCGCGAAUGCAACACCGACAUAUCGUUCGGUACUUCCAGGCCUGGAUUGAAGGCGAAAGUGGAAUGUCCAGUGACGACGAAGAAGAGGACAGUGAUUUAAGUGAUCAAGAGAGUGAGCUCAGUGACGCGGUGGUAAGCCUGAAAGAAGAUUUGUAUGGAGAAGCAAGUCUGUCGUCCGAUGGAUUGGGGCCGAUGACCUCUACAGACGAAGAUGAAGACGACUGGUUGGGUACGAUGGGCAGCAGUACAGGACUGUGGUCGACGUCUCGCCAUGACAGUCGCAGUCUCCGCAGUAAUAGCCAUUCAUUCCAUUUUUCUUCGCAUCAUUUAGCGUCCGAGAGCUAUCCAGACGAUGGAUUCGAGUGGGAAACGCUGGAAGAAGCUCCAAUGGAAGUAGUUGAUGACUCCAGCGAAGAUGAAGACGACGGAUAUCAUCAAAAGGUAUUACCACACAGAAGCCCCGUGCCCGAGAAGAAGCGGAAGUUUGAAAAGUUGUACAUCCAGAUGGAAUAUUGUGAAGGUAAUGCUCUCAGAGAGGUGAUCGACAAGGGUGCACUGUGGAAAGACCCGGACAAGAUCUGGACGAUGUUUCGUCAAAUUCUGGAGGCGCUCGUGUAUAUCCAUCGGCAGGGCAUCAUCCACCGCGACAUCAAACCGCCCAAUGUCUUUCUUGAUUCGAAGGGAACAGUCAAGCUAGGAGAUUUCGGUCUAGCUGUUCGGCCUCCCAAGGUGUUGGAAGAUGACAGCAGCAACGACGACUCCUCGCCACCCGGGGAGACUGCGACUGGCGCUAUUUUAUCCGAGUCAACUGGUUCUUCAGCUGCUGAGCUGUAUGGACGCUUGAAGCUCGAGAACUUGGAGAGUACGCGAGUUGUCGGUCGAUCAAGCGUUCAGAAUAGCAAUCUCAUGACGACGAUGUCGGCGGAUGUGGGUGACGGGAACAUUACUGCUGGAGUCGGUACUGCAUUCUAUCGAGCGCCAGAGCAGGAACGAGAAGGUCAGCGAUACAACCAGAAGGCAGACUUGUUCUCUCUUGGAAUUUUGUUCUUUGAAAUGUGGUCGCCGCCAUUUACGACGUUGAUGGAGCGUGCACAAGCACUUACCGGUCUGAGAGAAAGACACGAGCUUCCGGAAGCUUUCACGGCCUCGGAUGAUGUAAAGAAGAUUAUCCUGUGGCUUUGUGAACGUGAUCCAUCCAAGAGACCAAAUGCAAAGGAGCUGCUGGCAAGCUCCUUGUUGCCUGCCAAGAUGGAGGUCGAAGGAUCUUAUCUUCGUGAGGCUCUAGAUACACUCGCGAAUCCGCAAGGCAAGUUUUUCGGACAGCUUAUUGAUGCGCUGGUCUCACAGGAACCUCUCAACCACGUCGACUACACGUACGACCACUUGGAAUCGGUCAAAAUGCGCAGCUACGAGGCCCAGUUGCGCACCAAAACCUAUGUCAGGAAUGUGCUACAGAAAGUGUUUGAGCGUCAUGGAGCUGUCGAAAUGUCGACGCCACUGCUGAUGCCUCGACUUUCGGAGCAGACCUUUAACGGCAUCACUCUUAACGCUCCACCGAACGCAUCCAUGAUGUUAGAUGGAAAUGGCGUGUCGGUGUCGCUGCCGUUUGAUUUGACUGAGAGACUUGCUCGCUUCGUCGCACGACACAACGUUUUACGGCUGAAAUGUUUCCAAUUCGACCGAGUCUAUCGGAAGAGCGUUGGUGGCGGCCAUCCACGAGAGUUUAACGAGUCUGACUUCGACAUUAUUUGGGAUGAUGGAGGUUCGUUCCGUUUCUUGGAGCUGGAGGGAUUGGAAGUCGUGUCGGGCGUGAUCAGAGCGUUGCCCAGUCACCUAGGAUCUUAUUAUCUGCGAUUUAAUGACGCUCGAGUGACGCGCGGUAUUCUCGAUCUGUGUCGCGUUCCAAGCAGUGCACGUCGCGAAGUGCUACGUCUGCUGUCAAACGAAGUGUCGUUCUACGUGCACGCUCGUCCUCCAUCUACGCAAGCUCCUAGCUUGAAACCGAGUCGAUGGAAGUUUGUUGCAAAGCGCUUGAAGCACUACGGCGCGCCACCAAGCGUUAUCGAGGCACUGAAACCUUUUUUUCUCCUGCCAGAAGACUGUCUGACGUCGCUGGAUAUGAUCGAGUUGGAAGUGCAGAAACUGUUUGCAAAGAAUCGAGCUCUAACAACGCGUGACUCGACCACGGAUGGCGAUGCUGCAGACCGAAAGCAGAUACAAAAGCGAGAUGCCCAGCUACGACGUGUUGUGAAGGACGUGAUAGAAGGUAUCACGUCGUUGCGCUUAUUGCUGCAAGGUAUGCAGUUCCUCCAGCUGUCUGGUCCAGUUUGUACACGAUUAGACUUGGGGCUGAGUCCGCGUCCUGAACGGUAUUCGUCAGGCUUCAUCUUCCAGGCUAUUCUACUUGAAGAGUCCACAAAUGGUGGUAAUAAUGGCGGCAAAAUUGCAUCGUUAUUAGUGGCAGCGACAGAUAACCAGAUCAUCAUUGCCGAGGGUGGACGCUACGACGCUCUGGUUUCACGUUUCCAACUGACGACUGCUUACGCAAAAUCUUCUGCGGUUGCUGCCAUGGGGGUGCGCUUUGCUAUUGAUAAGAUUGUUUCGUUACUGGCAGAGUCCAUGGGCUCAACGCUGUUGGAGUUAAAAUCACCAGCUUCGGAAGUAUUGACGGGUGGCCGCAAGGUCUUGAUCUGCUCAGCUGGUAAGGCGUCCGAUACGAUGCUGUUCCGAAUGCAGAUUGCCAUGCUCUUGUGGGGACAGGGCAUUGGCGCAGAUUAUCUUCACCCAGAGCCGCUGCACUUGGAAGACUUGGAAGACUACUGCGCUCAGCAAAAUGUACACUGGAUGGUGAUUGUCCAGAAGCAUAUGAUUCGAGAUAAGCAGCAAGUGAAGAUUCGUGCAGUGAAAAGCCAUUCUGAAGCUGACGUGGUUACGAAUGUGGCGUCGUUACCGGAAUGUAUCAGUGAAUUACUGGAGAACUUUGGCAAGAGUUCACAUGGCGAUACUGCGAACGGUGGUGGACGUGGAAAUAGCCAUUUUGGAGACAACAUGAGCAGCAAUAACAGCGGUGGCGGAGGCAAUUCCUCGUCGAAUGGAAAUACGCUGCAGCCAAUCUUCGACGUUCGGGUGGUCGAUGCCAAAUACCAAUCACGAGAUAGAAACUACCGCAACUAUCAGCUUGAUACGCAGAAGGUUCAGCGCCGAGUCUCCAAGUUUUGUCGGUUGACUUGCCCUUUGUAUUGGUACGCGAGAUGUCGUCGGCACUGA